UGAGCUCAAAAUAUAAAAGGGUGUUAGAAGAUUUGGAACUAUAUGUAUCGAACGAGCUCGUAUGAGACACUUGGUCUUAAGAAGUGUUUAACGAACGAAUUUCGCUAUCAAUGAUUUAAAAAUCAGUGACAAUGAAAGUGUUAUAUUGUCUACUAAUUGUAUGCUUCGGCAUUGCAAGUGCGAAAUAUUUGCCAAACAACUCAAAUAAUCAAAGAGAGUUAUGGCGUCCCGAUGGAAGUGCAUCUGAUGAGUCCAGCGAAAAGUCAUUUGAAGAAUCUAAGCACGAGGAAAUACAAAAAUAUGAAAUCAAGAUAAGGGAAGUAGUAAGAAAGUAUGAAGAAAAUCAAGAUAAACUCAGAAUUAAGUUGGAACAUGAGAAACAAGAAAUUCUUAAAGAUAUAAGAGAAUUGGAAUCUGAUUUUGACAACAGUGAGUCAUCUGAACACGACAGACAGAAAGAUAUAAGAAAACUGGAAAGGAAACUUCAAGAACUCGAAAGGAAGUAUCAAGAGAAGCAACGAAAGGAACAAAGAAAAUUAGAAGAAGAGAAGAGAAAACUACAGAAUAAAUUACAGAAAAAUCUAAGAGAACUGCAGCAGAAGGCAAUUGAGCAAGAACGAAAGAUUCAAGAACAACAAAGAAAACUUCAACAAAAGAGAGAAGAAGAAGAGCGUAAGAUUCGCGAAAAUAUAGAAAAGGAGAACCGAAAACGGGAAGAGGAAGAGAAGAAAAAACAAGAACAACAAGCAGUAAAUAAAUCUGAUGAGGAUGAAUCUUCCGAAGACGAAGACUCUGUAGAUGUUGAAGACGUCUGGAAGCAAUACGUCUAUGAAAAAUACGGACUAUCUAACACCAGCUCCAAGCUCGAGAAAAAGAUAGCGGUGAACAGGUACUUAUACGAGGAACUCGGUCUUACAUUAAACAGUACCAAGAGUGAAAGAAGACAAGCUGUAAUCAAACUGCUGCAAACAGAACUACAGCAAACAGCUCAGUCUCCAAGCGCUCUGAAGGUUUACUUAGCAAGUCAUGUCAACGCAGCAGGUAUCCAAUUAUUGCAAGUUCAACUUGACGAAGAAAUCAAGAGUUUGAAUAAUGAGUCGCAAUUGUUGACUAACGUAAACUUGCCAUGGGUAGCCGCUGCUCAGCAAAACAUCGAGGAGAAAAAGACACUGCUCCAAACUGUAUCAACGUUUUUGGCCAACCUUUUACCAAAUUGGGUAACUGGAAAUUCUGCUAACAAUGGCUCUGCUCCCAACGCGGCUUCCAACGACACCGGAUCUGCAGUAAGUUCUGAUUCAACAUCAUCUUCAGCAACUGAAUCUUCAUCUGUUAGUGAUGGUUCAAGUGUUACAUCGGCAGGAAAUUCUGGUACUACUUCUUCUCCAGUUUCUGGCACUACUAGCUCAUCAGGAGUGAACGCUGAUUCAACAUCUUCUUCAGCACCCGAUGCCACUACCAGUUCUGCAACAACCGACGGAUCUGCGCCCAGUGCUGACGCUUCCAGCUCUGUCACUAAUGAUGGAUCUGCAACCACUGCUGAUGCCUCCAGCUCUGUCACCAAUGAUGGAUCUGCAACCACUGCUGAUGCCUCAAGCUCUGUCACCAAUGAUGGAUCUGCAACCACUGCUGAUGCCUCAAGCUCUGUCACCAAUGAUGGAUCUGCAACCACUGCUGAUGCCUCAAGCUCUGUAACCAAUGACGGAUCUGAAUCUAGUGCUGACGCUUCCAGCUCUGUCACCAAUGAUGGAUCAGCGCCCAGUGCUGACGCCUCAAGCUCUGCAACCAAUGAUGGAUCCGCGCCCAGUGCUGACGCCUCAAGCACUGCAACCAAUGAUGGAUCAGCGCCCAGUGCUGACGCCUCCAGCUCUGCAACCAAUGAUGGAUCUGCACCCAGUGCUGACGCCUCAAGCGCUGCAACCAAUGAUGGAUCAGCGCCCAGUGCUGACGCCUCAAGCUCUGCAACCAAUGAUGGAUCAGCGCCCAGUGCUGACGCCUCAAGCACUGCAACCAAUGAUGGAUCAGCGCCUAGUGCUGACGCCUCCAGCUCUGCAACCAAUGAUGGAUCGUCACCCAGUGCUGACGCCUCAAGCUCUGUAACCAAUGAUGGAUCAGCGCCCAGUGCUGACGCCUCAAGCUCUGCAACCAAUGAUGGAUCAGCGCCCAGUGCUGACGCCUCAAGCUCUGCAACCAAUGAUGGAUCAGCGCCCAGUGCUGACGCCUCAAGCUCUGCAACCAAUGAUGGAUCAGCGCCCAGUGCUGACGCCUCAAGCUCUGCAACCAAUGAUGGAUCAGCGCCCAGUGCUGACGCCUCAAGCUCUGCAACCAAUGAUGGAUCAGCGCCCAGUGCUGACGCCUCAAGCUCUGCAACCAAUGAUGGAUCAGCGCCCAGUGCUGACGCCUCAAGCUCUGCAACCAAUGAUGGAUCAACGCCCAGUGCUGACGCCUCAAGCUCUGCAACCAAUGAUGGAUCAGCGCCCAGUGCUGACGCCUCAAGCUCUGCAACCAAUGAUGGAUCAGCGCCCAGUGCUGACGCCUCAAGCUCUGCAACCAAUGAUGGAUCAGCGCCCAGUGCUGACGCCUCAAGCUCUGCAACCAAUGAUGGAUCAGCGCCCAGUGCUGACGCCUCAAGCUCUGCAACCAAUGAUGGAUCAGCGCCCACUGCUGACGCCUCAAGCUCUGCAACCAAUGAUGGAUCAGCGCCCACUGCUGACGCCUCAAGCUCUGCAACCAAUGAUGGAUCAGCGCCCAGUGCUGACGCCUCCAGCUCUGCAACCAAUGAUGGAUCAGCGCCCAGUGCUGACGCCUCAAGCUCUGCAACCAAUGAUGGAUCAGCGCCCAGUGCUGACGCCUCAAGCUCUGCAACCAAUGAUGGAUCAGCGCCCAGUGCUGACGCCUCAAGCUCUGCAACCAAUGAUGGAUCAGCGCCUAGUGCUGACGCCUCAAGCUCUGCAACCAAUGAUGGAUCAGCGCCCAGUGCUGACGCCUCAAGCUCUGCAACCAAUGAUGGCUCUGCCUCAAGCGCAGAUGCUGCAAGCACUGCCACCAAUGAUGGAUCUUCUCCCAGUGCUGAUGCAUCAAGCUCUGUUACUAAUGAUGGAUCUUCUCCCAGUGCUGACGCCUCAAGUUCUGUUAGUAAUGAUGGCUCACAAGCCAGUGCUGACGCUUCAAGCUCUGCUAGCAGCGAUGCAACCACACCUAGUGCUGAUUCUUCAAGCUCUGUAACCAAUGAAGGUACUUCUCCCAGUGCUGAUACCACAAACUCUGUCACUGGUGAUGGAUCAUCAGCUAGUACUGAUGCCGCUAGCUCUGCCACUGAUGGACCUACACCCAUUGCUGACGGUUCAACCUCCGGUGCCAUUGAUGCAUCUACACCCAGCGCAGCUUCUGAUGCAACGGAGCCCAGCACCGAUUCAUCAAACUCCGUAACUUCUGAAUCUACAACAACCGCCGCUGACUCCAGCUCUGCAGCUGACACUUCUGUUCCCAAUGCUGACGCUCCCGCCUCCGUUGUUGAUGUAGCUACAACAAAUUCCGAAUCAACUAAUGCACCAACUGAACCAGCUGUGACUGUUGUUGACGCCUCAGGUUUGACUACCGAAUCUGUCGACAGCACUACCGUAGUGUCUGAUGUAUCAAGUUCCGUUAUAGUAGUCAAUGAACUUCCUACGACUACCGAAGCUAAUGUUGUAGAGGAUGCUCCAACUACUGUUGCUGAUGCUUCAGGGUUAACAACGGAAGCUGUGGAUAGCACUACAGUAUUAUCUGAUGUCUCAAGCUCUGUUAUAGUUGUUAAUGAACUCCCUACCGAAGCUAAUGUGGUCGAAGUUGUGUCAACAAGUGCUCCAAGUGAAGCUGUGAAUGCUGACACAAAUGCACCGUCGACAGAAGUAACACCAAACAGUACCACAAUUGCUUUGGUAAGCACAACGGAGGCUGCUCUUGACGCAAACAACCCAAGCACUGAAGGGUUACCCAUCACCACUGAAGCGACAGUAGAAACUACAGGGACUAUUAUUAUACCGGUUCCAGUUCAAGAAUUAAUUGUUAACCCUCAAAAUGUUGCAAUUCCCUUGGAAGAAGGAGCAACUAUCGUUGAUGUCACCCAACAAUAGUCUAACAAAUGAGAUUAACUAAUUUAUGUUGUAAAAUAUUGUAAUUAUUGUUUUGAGAGAAUUAAACCGUUUAUGUAAAUAAAUAAAUAAAGAUUUAUGCAGUAUUAA